AUGUCGUGGCAGGAGCAGGGUCUGAUUGAUCCCGAACCCUACGCCCAUCAACCAACAAAGCCAAGUCAACGGCAUUUGGGGGAACUAGUAGAGUAUCUGAAUACGAGCCUUGUUCAACUGUGCCCACGGGACCCGGAAGCCCUCGAGGCAAGGCGAAAAGGAAGAGAUGCUCCCUAG